UAAAACUGACAAUAUGUAGGAAAAAUUCAAGUAAAUAGCUGUUUCUAUCAUGGCGUUGAUAAACAAAUUCCUUUGUCGCUACUCAAUCACCACUGGAGUAGUUGUGAUAGGCACCUCCUAUGUAAUAAUGGAUCUUCUUCGCCUGUUCUACCACCUUAUUAUCUUCUACUUCCCAGGGCCAAUUUUUAGACAUUGGUAUAAAGACCGCAGCGGAGACGAGGUCCAUGAUCUUGUCACUGUUACCAUGAUGAAGAAUCGUAUUCAGGUGCUGCUCGUCCUGGUGAUCGACCUUUUGAUUGACAUCGGACUGCUCAUGAGCGUGAAUUCUGGUCUAAUAACUGUAGUGAUUUGGUUGUUGAAAUCAAUCAUUUUCAUCCUCGUCUACUUGGUCGUUAUCCUGGCUCUAGUCUUUGCCUACAGUGACCACAUUACAUUGGCCUUGGUUUUUAUUCCCAUAUUGGUUAUGGAAAUAUAUUUCCUGUUGAUUGUGGGCCUGCAUUUAGUGAAUCUCCGUGAACCGAGUGACACGAAUGAAGAGAGCCCCGAUGAAACAGUCGUCUAAGUUCUGGAUGGUUUUAUGUGCUAUUAAAGAAUGCCUCGAAAAAUAAACGCAAUCGUUAAAUUAACGAUUUGCCAUGUGAACAACUCGUUUAAGCUGCAAAGCAACAAGAAGUGCAAGGGAAUCGAGAUGGAGGAUAAACAGCUGGGAAUGCCCUUAGCCUAUCAAUGUUUCCCUUUCGCAAUUAACAUUUGUGGAACACACGUAAUUACAAGAUUACGAUAAGUGAUAAGCGGCGGCACUGGCACUGGCACCGGCAGAAGGAUGCUCAAGUUGGCCAAAAGCAGUUGGACGGGUUCGCGAUGCUUUUGUUGCCGCUCUUGUGGCAGUUGCACACACAUAUUUGCAUAUGCAAGCCGCGCUGCGUAUGGUAGCCAAUUUGCUGGCAAUACCAAAACCGAUUACGCAUAUGCACAGGAAAAUAGAAUUUAUAGAACUCUCUUUAUAAAUUGCUGACAAAUUCUAUGCAAUUAGAGACAGAUAUAGAAAUACAAAUGCUUAUACAGCUAGCCAGUUUGGAAC